AUGGCGGACCCACUGCCCCAGUUCCUCGCCAACACGACCGCCGUCCCCGUGCCCGGUGGACGCACAGUCACCCUCUACACCGCCGGCGCCGCGUCGAGCGCCGACGUCGUCCUCCUCGAGUCGGGGCUGGGGCAGGGGGCAGCGUACUGGGGUGCUGUGGUCGACGGGAUUGUCGCCAGCGCGCCUGAGCUGCGGGUGGUGGGGUACGACCGGGCGGGGUACGGCACCUCGUCUCCCCCGACCGACGACAGGAGCCUGCACGCCAUGGCUGGCGACCUCUCUGCCGUCGUGUCCUCGCUCAACGCCUCCCGCCUCGUCCUCGUCGGCCACUCGUGGGGCGGGCCCAUCAUCCGCACGUACGUCGCCGCCUCCUCAAGCGCGCCGCUGCACGGCAUGGUGCUAGUCGACCACAGCGACGAGCGCUGCCCGUUCUACUUUUCGCGCUCGAUGAGCUGGGCCUUCUGGCUCCAGAGCUGGCUGUACCAGCCGCUCGCGGCCGUCGGCUUGCUCGGCAUGAUGAUGCGCCGCGGGUUCAAGACCCUGCCGCGGGUGUACGCCGCGCGCAGCGUAGCCGACUCGACGAGCGCGGCCGCCGCGCGUGCCGGCGCGUUAGAGGUCGCCAAUGUCGCUGGGCUGCGCGAGCUCCUCACCCACCCCCCCGAGCUGGGGGACACGCCGCUCGUCGUCAUCUCCGCCAAGGACGGCGGGCCGCACAAGGAGGGCAGCACGCGCGGGCUCCUGUCCGCGGCGCACAAGGAGACCGCCGCGUCCGUCAAGAACGGCACGUUCGUCCUCGCUGAGAAGAGCGGGCACAUCGUGCCGGUUGACGAGCCGGGCCUUGUCGCUGGGCACAUCGUGUCGCUGUUCCGCGGCCGCGUGAACGCCGACUAG